GGGGCGUGACUUUGCGUCUUGCGUCACUCGACGACGCAUUGAACUCUGAAUCUUUAGCAGCAACGGAACUUUGGUUUUCUCAGAGCAGUAAACGGUGCAAUGGCGUUGACGCAGGUUGCCUCUAAUAAGUGCUGUGGUGGAUAUCAGAAAGUGUUCGAGCACGACAGCUCCGAGGUAAAAUGCAAAAUGAAGUUUGCCAUUUACCUUCCUCCCAAGGCUGAGAGCUCCAAAUGUCCAGUGUUAUACUGGCUAUCAGGUUUGACCUGCACAGAGCAGAAUUUCAUCAGUAAAGCAGGGAGCCAGCAGUUAGCCUCUGAGCUUGGACUCAUCAUUGUAGCACCAGACACCAGUCCACGUGGCUGUAACAUUGAAGGAGAGGAUGAAAGUUGGGAUUUCGGUACCGGUGCAGGAUUCUACGUCGACGCCACUCAGGAGCCCUGGAAGACCAAUUACCGCAUGUAUUCGUAUGUGACAGAAGAGCUUCCACGACUCAUAAAUUCUAACUUUCCUGCUGAUCCAGAGAAAAUGUCCAUCUUUGGUCACUCCAUGGGGGGUCACGGAGCGCUCAUCUGUGCCCUCAGGAAUCCUGGGAAAUAUAAGUCCGUGUCAGCGUUUGCCCCCAUAUGUAAUCCAAUGCAGUGUGCAUGGGGACAAAAAGCAUUUUCUGGCUAUCUUGGACCUGACAAAUCCACAUGGGAGAAGUAUGAUGCUACAGUUCUGUGCGAGUCAUACUCUGGUCCUGAGCUGGAUAUUCUGAUCGAUCAAGGCCGUGAGGACCAGUUCUUGUCUUCCAGUCAGUUGCUUUGUGACAAUCUGAUUGCUGCCUGUUCAAAAAAGAAGAUUCCACUUGCUUUGCGGCUUCAGGAGGGUUACGACCACAGCUACUUUUUCAUCUUCUCCUACAUCAAUGAUCACAUCAGGCAUCAUGCAAAGUAUUUGAAUGCAUAAAACUGCCACAGAUGGAUGGCAAUUGGCCCUUGUGCCUUCAGAUCAUUACAACAGGAAAUGACAUCAGAGUUGUCUUGACUGGUUUCUUGUUUUUUUUCAUCAUUAAACAGGGGGAUGUUGAACUGUAAAAACCUUUCUGUUCUUAAAUAAAGGGUUUGGUUGUGAUUUUUGUA